CUCGCGCCCCACAAUAAACAACCACACGCUCGCCACCGAUGGCCACCACCACCGCAGCAGCACAGGCACAGCAGCAGUGCCACCACCGCCGCCACCAGCAGCCAUGGCCUCCUCCGCGUCCCUGCAGCGCUUCCUCCCGCCGUCCGCGCACGCGGCGUCGUCGACCUCGUCCCGCCGGCGCCCCGGCCUCGCCAGGGCGGCCGUCUCCGUGCCGUCGCCCGCGCCGGCGGCGGGCGAGGUCCCCGCGGAGCGGCUGGAGCCGAGGGUCGAGGAGCGGGCGGGAGGGUACUGGGUGCUCAAGGAGAAGUACCGCACGGGGCUGAACCCGCAGGAGAAGGUGAAGCUGGAGAAGGAGCCCAUGGGGCUGUUCAUGGAGGACGGCAUCAAGGACCUCUCCAAGAUCCCCAUGGAGGAGAUCGACGCCGCCAAGCUCACCAAGGACGACGUCGACGUCCGCCUCAAGUGGCUCGGCCUCUUCCACCGCCGCAAGCACCAGUACGGGCGGUUCAUGAUGCGGCUGAAGCUGCCCAACGGCGUGACGACGAGCGAGCAGACGCGGUACCUGGCGAGCGUGAUCGAGGCGUACGGCGCGGACGGGUGCGCGGACGUGACGACCCGGCAGAACUGGCAGAUCCGCGGGGUGACGCUCCCGGACGUGCCCGCCAUCCUGGAGGGGCUCCGCGCCGUCGGCCUCACCAGCCUGCAGAGCGGCAUGGACAACGUGCGCAACCCCGUCGGCAACCCGCUCGCCGGCGUCGACCCCGACGAGAUCGUCGACACGCGCCCCUACACCAACCUGCUCUCCUCCUACAUCACCAGCAACUCCCAGGGCAACCCCACCAUCACCAACCUGCCGAGGAAAUGGAACGUGUGCGUGGUCGGCACGCACGACCUGUACGAGCACCCGCACAUCAACGACCUGGCGUACAUGCCGGCGCUCAAGGACGGCAAGUUCGGCUUCAACCUCCUGGUGGGCGGGUUCAUCAGCCCCAAGAGGUGGGGCGAGGCGCUGCCGCUCGACGCCUGGGUCCCUGGCGACGACGUCAUCCCGGUCUGCCAGGCUAUCCUCGAGGCGUACAGGGACCUCGGCAACAGGGGCAACCGCCAGAAGACGCGCAUGAUGUGGCUCAUCGACGAACUCGUAAGCAAGGCCUCCCUCCUUCAAUUCGAGUAUCCGAUUCAUGAUGCUUCAGCAGCUGAUCGAUCUGAUGCUGUCCGGGACUACCUCGGCGUGCACCCGCAGAAGCAGGAGGGCCUCUCGUACGUGGGCCUGCACGUGCCCGUCGGCCGGCUGCAGGCGGCGGACAUGUUCGAGCUCGCGCGCCUCGCCGACGAGUACGGCUCCGGCGAGCUCCGCCUCACGGUGGAGCAGAACAUCGUGCUCCCCAACGUCAGGAACGAGAGGAUCGACGCGCUGCUCGCGGAGCCGCUGCUGCGGGAGCGCCUUUCGCCGCGGCCGUCGCUGCUGCUCAAGGGCCUGGUGGCGUGCACGGGCAACCAGUUCUGCGGCCAGGCCAUCAUCGAGACCAAGGCGCGGGCGCUGCAGGUGACGCGGGAGGUGGAGAAGCGGGUGGCCGUGCCCCGGCCAGUGCGCAUGCACUGGACCGGCUGCCCCAACAGCUGCGGCCAGGUGCAGGUGGCCGACAUCGGCUUCAUGGGCUGCCUCACCAAGGACAGCGACGGCAACAUCUGCGAGGCGGCGGACAUCUUCGUCGGCGGCCGCGUCGGCAGCGACUCGCACCUGGCGGACGUGUACAGGAAGGCCGUGCCUUGCAAGGACCUGGUGCCCGUCGUGGCCGACCUCCUGGUGGAGAGGUUCGGGGCCGUGCCCAGGGAGAGGGAGGAGGGCGAAGAGUAGGACCACACCGGGCGUCUUCAGAAUCAGAGCCGACUUGCCGUUUCUUCUUUCUUGUAAAGUAGUAGACGCUGCUGCCUUGUUCCAUGGCACGAUUUGUUUUUUGUGGUGUUGUAGCCAAAAAGCUAAGGUUCCCUUAUUCACGUUACAGAGAAUGCCGAUAAAUAAGGCCUCCUUUAGUAUAGCUUCUUGAGGAGCUUCAUGUAUACUUCACGUGAAGUUAUGCCAAAGGGUUAAAUUCCCAGCAGCUUCUCCCAUGAAGCACACCGUGAAACUCCUUCCAAAAUACACUGCGGUGGAGAAGUUAAGAAAUCUUGGCUU